AAAACCAAAGGCUCAAUCACACUACGGGGUAAAAGAGAAAAGAGGGCGAUUCAUGAAGAAUUUAAAGCUUUAAAUCUCACCACGAUGCAUCAAUUUUUCUCGUUCCCGAUCAGAAAACACGGAUCGAGACACUGCCUAGGAACGAGGCAAAUGUUAAGCGAAGAAGAGCACAUUCAGCCUGAUGGGAAGUCCUUGAAAAAAGUAAACCUCGGUUCAUACACUUGGCUCACUUAUAAAGAAGUGGACCAUAUCUCGAAGUCAUUCUCUUUGGGGCUGACGAAACUUGGUUUAUCGCCACUGGGAAAAAUUUGUAUUCGCCGAAACUAGGGCCGAAUGGCUUAUCGCAGCUGUAGCUGCGUUUAAAGAUUCGUACCAAGUUGUCACACUGUACGCAACGUUAGGCGAGGAGGGCGUCAUCCACGCCUUGAACGAAACGGAAUGCCCCAUUGUCCUCACGUCGGAUGAAUUGCUGCCCAAAUUCAAAUCAAUCUUGGAACACACGCCCCACAUUCGGCACGUCAUUUUUAUGGAACAUCAAAUAAAAGUGACGAACACGUCAGGUUUCAGUGGCCAAGUGGAAAUCCACAUGUUUAAAGAUGUCGUUGAAAUUGGGAAGAAUCUCAGUGGUGCAGAGCUGCGGCCCCGUCUACCGGAUGACGUUGCUAUUAUCAUGUACACUUCCGGUUCUACUGGGACCCCAAAGGGGGUGCUGCUCUCGCAUAAAAAUCUUGUAACUUCCCUCUACGGAAUGACGGAUGCAAUGGGUCAUAUUUCUGACCAGGAUACAUAUCUCGCCUAUCUCCCGCUUGCCCACGUGCUCGAAUUGGUCUGCGAAUCGCUCUGUUUCUUCAGCCGUGUUCCAAUCGGGUACUCUUCCCCGCUCACGUUGACGGACAAGUCGCCCAAAAUUCUGGCGGGAACUACCGGAGACGUCGGGAUUAUCCGGCCCACCCUAUUGGUCUCGGUGCCCCUCGUGCUGGACAGGAUUUACAAAAUGGUUCUAGAUGAAGUCAACGGAUCGAGUAAAAUUAAACAGGCCGUCUUCUACUGGGCGUAUGAUUACAAGUUGAAGUGGUACUACAACGGGUAUUCCUGCUCUAAAGUGGACACUUUGAUUAUGAAGAAAACUAAGGAAAUUUUAGGUGGACGGGUCCGCGUGAUGGGAAGUGGAGGUUGGACAUACAUAGAUAAUUUUGGUGGAGGAUAG